AUGGAAGAUUGUGUUCAACUCGAAGAUGAUCCAGUAUCAUUGACAGAGGAUUUAUUACCAUUGAUUAAAGAUCAAUUGGAUUUAGGUGAUGGUGUAGAAACGGAUCAUCAACAACAACAACAACCGCCACCAUUACAAAAGCAACAAUCACAAAUCAAAACUGUUCAUUCUUUAUUAGAAACAGAAACCGAUCCUGAUGCUAUUGAAUCAUUGGAAUUAGUGUUAAAUAGUGUUGUCAAAGUCUUUUGCGCUUCAAUACCAUGCAAUUUUUAUUUACCUUGGCAAAUGAAACGUCAAGUUGUUAAAACUGCAUCAGGUUUUAUAAUAAAAAAUCGAUGGAUUCUAUCAAAUGCUCAUGCUGUUACAAAUGCAUCGUGUAUUCGUAUUCGAAAACAUGGUGAUGCUAAAAAAUAUCCUGCACGUAUAUUAUAUAUUGCACAUGAAUGUGAUUUAGUUAUUAUGACUGUUGAUGAUAAUAAAUUUUGGAAUAGAUUAGAACCAUUAACAUUUAGUAAUGAUAUACCUAGAUUACAAGAAUCAAUAACAAUUGUUGGAUUUCCAAUAGGUGGUGAUAAUUUAUCAGUAACAAAAGGUGUUGUUUCAAGAGUUGUUAUGUCAACAUAUUUGCAUUCACUUGAAUUUUUAUUAACAAUACAAAUAGAUGCUGCAACAAAUCCUGGUAAUAGUGGUGGACCAGCUAUUCAAGGUAAACAUGUUGUUGGUAUGUCAUUUCAAGGUCAAGCUCAAGCUCAAUCAAUUGGCUACAUUAUGCCUGUAUCAGUAAUCAAACAUGUAUUAAAUGAUAUUGAAUUACAUAAUAAAUAUACAGCAUUUCCAAUAAUGAGAUUUAAUUAUCAACCAAUGGAAAAUACAUCAUAUCGUGAAUAUUUAAAAUUGAAUGAUGAUCAACAUGGUAUCUUAGUAACAUCAGUUGAACAAGCAUGUAUUCUUAAUAAAGUAUUAAAAGAAGAUGAUGUUAUAACAGCUAUUGAUAAUAUACCAAUUGCCGAUGAUGGUACAAUCUAUUUUCGUCGUGGUGAAAGACUUAGUUUUAGAUAUUUAGAAAAAUUAAAAUUUGUUGAUGAUACAAUUACAUUUACAAUAAUAAGACAAGGUAAAGAAUUAACAUUAAUAAGUCCAUUAGAUAAUAAUCAAACACUUGUUCCAUUACAUUCACAUGAUAAACAUCCUGAAUAUUUAAUUUAUGCUGGUAUUGUAUUUACAGUAUUAAGUCGAUUUUAUUUAUAUGAAUUUGGUAAACGUGAUUGGCAUCGAAAAGCUCCAACAAAUUUAGUUAAUUUAGCAUUACAUAGUCAUUUAGAAGAAUUAAAUCAACAAAUUGUUAUUAUUAAUCAAAUACUUAUUGAUGAUAUUAAUCAUGGAAUAACAUCAGAUUUUACAAAUUCUGUAUUGGAAACUGUUAAUGAUAUUAAAAUUAAAAAUAUUAAACAUUUAGCAGAAUUAAUUGAUAAAAUAUCAAAUAAUGAAGAUGAUAAUAAUUAUAUUCGAUUUGGAAUUGAAAAUAAAAAAUUUAUAGUUAUAUCAUGUAAACGAGCUAAACAAUCAGAAGCAAGAAUUUUAAAACAAAAUUCAAUAGCACAAUCAAGAAGUGAACAUUUAUAUUAA